AUGCUAAAGCUCCAGCAAUUGGCAAGAGGGUCCCAGCGAAUCUGUCUGAACCUGCUCACUCCGGGUUUGAAAGUGACCAGGUUUCAGUUUCACUUAAAGAAAAUGGAGUUUUCUAGAGAAAAAAGGUUGAAGGCAAGACUUGCUGGUGAUAGACGAGGAGAUCUGUAUCCUCACAGCCUGCAGUUCUACCUGCAGCCUCCCACUGAAAAUAUUUCUCUAGCUGAGUUUGAAAAUUUUGCCAUUGAUAGGCUUAAAUUGCUCAAAGUAGUUGAGAACCUUGGUGUGAGCUAUGUGAAAGGUAGUGAUGAGUACAAAAGCAGGCUGGAGCGUGAGAUUCGAAAGCUUAAAUUUCCAUUCAAAGCUUUGGUUGAGGAUGAUUAUGAUGCAAGGAGGAAAGACCAUAUCUCUCAUUUCAUACUGCGCCUUGCUUACUGCCAGUCUGAGGAUCUCAGACGAUGGUUCAUUCAACAAGAAAUGGACCUUUUUCGAUAUCGGUUUAACGAACUAAAUGGUGAUUUGGUCGAGAAAUUCCUGAAAUAUGUUAAUUUAUCAUAUGGAGCUAUUAGCAAAGAAGUGAAAGAAAAACUUGCUGUCCAACUGCUAAAUUCAACUCCUGGCCUCAGUGGAGCUAAAGUAGAAGAACUGGAAUUUUAUAAGGUUCCUUUACAGGAUGCUAUGGAUUUGUUUAGAGUAAGAAGAGUUUACCUUCUGAAUGCCUUUGCAUAUGUGCCUCAAACGGACAUAGUUGCAAUUGUUUUAAAUAACUUCAGAACCAAACUGUCUAAGGCCCUUGCGCUGACAGCACGAUCACUGCCUGCUGUACAAUCUGAUGAGAGACUGCAGCCUUUGCUUAAUCACCUCAGCCAUUCCUAUGUUGGCCCAGAUUACAGUAUACAAAAAAAUAUUGGGAAAAUUUCAUUAGAACACAUUGAUGCUCUUUCUGUUAAAUCGUUUCCUCUUUGCAUGAGACAGUUGCACAAAGCCCUGCGUGAUAACCACCAUCUCCGUCACGGAGGCCGUAUGCAAUAUGGACUAUUCUUAAAGGGCAUUGGCUUAACACUGGAACAAGCUUUGCAAUUCUGGAAGUCUGAAUUUAUUAAAGGAAAAGUGGAUGCAGACAAGUUUGACAAAGGGUAUGCCUACAGCAUCCGCCAUAACUAUGGAAAAGAAGGCAAGAGGACUGAUUAUACACCAUUCAGCUGCAUGAAGAUUAUCCUGUCCAAUCCACCAAGUCAAGGGGAUUAUCAUGGGUGCCCAUUCCGCCACAGUGAUCCUGAGCUACUGAAGCAGAAGCUGCAGUCAUACAAGAUUCCUACCACUGGGAUAACUCAGAUUUUGGAGUUAGUGAAAGGUAUGCAUUACCAGCUGGCCUGUCAGAAAUACUUCCAGUUGACACAGGAUGUUGAUGAUAUUGGGUUUUCUUUGAAUCAUCCCAAUCAAUAUUUCGCAGAGAGUCAGAAGCUACUAAGUGGUGGUAGAGAAGUGAAGAAAGAACCAAGUGAACCUGAAAGCUCCCAGCAAAAACUGAGUAGUCAGAAAAGUACAAAUUCAUGUUCCAUUCCCAUUUCUUCAAACACAGAAGCAGAUACAGAACUGGAGGGACUGGAUGCAUAUUUCACUGAAGACUGAGAAGCUUUGUUGUUUAUUUUUCUCCACUUUGUUACUUCCCUAUAAUUUUAGCAACAUUUUCCCUCAUAGUAAGAGAGUAAGCAUCUGGCUUUCUGGAGAGCUUGGGCCUGUAAGGCUCUAAGUUGGCUGAUGAAAAGAAAGAAGAGAUACAUAAAUUGUAAUUAUAUCCAGUACUUUUCCUUGUAGAUAGAGCACAUCGGUUCCAUAGUGCAGUCAAUUUCUAACUGCUUGGGGCAUGGGAACCGAAAAUUAGUUCCUAAAUUUGAAUGAUAUUGCAGUUUCUGGUAGGUGUUUCUGUGCUCAUAAACAUUUUGUGUGUAACCCAUCUUUCUUUAUACUCCACAUUUUUAAAUAGCUUUCUCUUCACUGUUUUUCUUAAUAAACAUGUUGAAAUGUAAAAA